AAAAGAGUUUGAGCGCUGGAAGGGGCUGGGCUCUAUUGGGGGCCACUGAGCGACGCUCCGGGACUGGGGCUCGGUGCGGGAGCCUAAGGGGGCGUCUGCUCGGCGGAGGGUAGAGACUCUGGGUCCAAGGCGGAGGGGUGGGGGCUAGGGCCCGCAGCCCCCCACCCCACCCCGUCACCCCGGAGCGAGAGGAGAUCUGCUUUCUUGGUUUUGCUUCUUUUCCCCCACCCCCACCCGGGGGCUGGGGCGAGGGGAGUCAGGUUACAGGGUGCUUGGGGAGGGGGGCUUAGGGGUGGGUCUAUCUUUCUAUCUCGCUUUCUUCCCCCCUCCCCAGCUCUUUGUUCCCCCUCCCCACACACCCCCUCCUCUCCUCUCCCCUCCCCUCCUCUCUCCUCUUCUCCCUUCCACCACCUCUCUCUCUCUCUCCCUCUCUCUCUCUCUCCCCCAGCUUUUGUUUCGCCAUGCCUAGUCUAGUGGUAUCUGGAAUAAUGGAAAGAAAUGGGGGCUUUGGAGAACUAGGAUGUUUCGGGGGAAGCGCUAAGGACCGAGGGCUGCUGGAAGACGAGCGCGCCCUUCAGCUGGCUCUUGAUCAACUCUGCCUCCUGGGUUUGGGGGAGCCCCCCGCCCCCACGGCGGGCGAGGACGGGGGAGGUGGGGGGGGCGGCGCCCCCGCGCAGCCGGCCGCCCCCCCGCAGCCGGCCCCGCCGCCGCCGCCCGCGGCGGCCCCGGCCGCCCCGAGCGCGGCCCCCGCGGCGCAGACGCCCCAGCCCCCCACCGCCCCCAAAGGGGCGAACGACGCCAAGCUCUGCGCGCUCUACAAAGAGGCCGAGCUGCGCCUGAAGGGCAGCAGCAACACUACGGAGUGCGUUCCCGUGCCCACCUCCGAGCACGUGGCCGAGAUCGUGGGCAGGCAAGGCUGCAAGAUUAAGGCACUGAGAGCCAAGACCAACACCUAUAUCAAGACACCUGUGCGAGGUGAGGAGCCCGUGUUCAUGGUCACUGGGAGGCGGGAAGAUGUGGCCACAGCCCGGCGGGAGAUCAUCUCAGCAGCUGAGCAUUUCUCCAUGAUAAGAGCCUCACGCAACAAGUCUGGCGCCGCCUUUGGGGUGGCCCCUGCUCUGCCAGGCCAAGUGACCAUCCGUGUAAGAGUGCCCUACCGCGUGGUGGGACUGGUGGUGGGUCCCAAGGGAGCGACCAUCAAACGCAUCCAGCAGCAGACCAACACAUACAUCAUCACUCCAAGCCGGGACCGAGACCCCGUGUUUGAGAUCACCGGCGCCCCAGGCAACGUGGAGCGAGCGCGGGAGGAGAUCGAGACGCACAUCGCUGUGCGCACCGGCAAGAUUCUUGAGUACAACAGCGACGGCGACUUCCUGGCUGGCAGCCCUGACGCUGCCCUGGACAGCCGCUACUCAGACGCCUGGCGGGUGCAUGCGCCAGGCUGUAAGCCACUCUCCACCUUCCGGCAAAACAGCCUGGGCUGCAUAGGCGAGUGCGGUGUGGACUCGGCCUUUGAGGCCCCGCGCCUAGGCGAGCAGGGCGGUGACUUCGGCUACGGCGGAUAUCUGUUUCCGGGCUAUGGCGUGGGCAAGCAGGACGUGUACUAUGGCGUGGCGGAGACAAGCCCCCCGCUGUGGGCGGGCCAAGAGAACGCCACGCCCACCUCGGUGCUCUUCUCCUCUGCUUCCUCCUCCUCUUCUUCAGCCAAGGCACGAGCGGGUCCCCCAGGCGCACACCGCUCUCCCGCCACCUCUGCGGGGCCAGAGCAGCUGACUGGGCUCCCUCGGAGGCCGCCCGGAGAACCACUGCAGGGUUUCUCUAAACUGGGGGCAGGCGGGCUUCGGAGCCCUGGCGGUGGGCGGGACUGCAUGGUGUGCUUUGAGAGCGAAGUGACAGCAGCCCUGGUACCCUGUGGACACAACCUUUUCUGCAUGGAGUGUGCAGUACGCAUCUGCGAGAGGACGGACCCAGAGUGUCCUGUCUGCCACAUCACCGCCACACAAGCCAUCCGAAUAUUUUCCUAAGCUUUUUGUCCCUGGUCUCCCAGGCCCGCACCCUGGGGUGCCGCCCUGAACCUGUAGGGCCUUUUGAAAAAUCAGUGACUACAGGGCAAGGUGCUUGGAAAUAUUCACUCGUUGGGGUGGGGAAGGGGAGGCUUGAGUGGCUGGGGGCGGGGCCACUUUCAGAGCCUCUGGUUACCCUUUGGGAGGGGGCCAUAAGUUUUACUAGAGUUACAACUCUGAUACCUCAACACACCCUUAAAUCUGGAAGCAGCUAAGAGAAGCUUUUGUUUAGCCUGAAGUGGCCACCAGGACGUCCUGACCUUUCCCUUCUCCCUAUCCGUGUGUCAUUUUGUCCCUUCCUUUGGAGGGGUAAGAACAGGGAGAAUUGCCAUGUGUAGCUAGAGGUGCUCUUAGUGAUCCCCAGCCCUCUAGUCCUGACCUCCCAUCUCCUAACACAACCCCUUACCACGCUCCCCGCCUCAUAUCCUGAGUUCCCAACAGUGUAAGGAGAUGGGGGCCUAUUAAAGAUCUGGGUAGGUCUUCUGGGGUGGAGGAGGGUGUCAAUUAAGGGCUCACAACUCACUUGUCUUUCAAAGCUGGGCUAGAGAGAUGUGGAAAGAGGGGCUUCUCUUUCCCUUCCAACUUUUUGCUUGGUUUUCCCCCAAUUUUUUCCCUCUGGAUCUGCCCUUUGCUUUUUUUUUUAACUCUUUUUUUUUUUUUUUCCUAUUUCUUCUAUUCCCCUUUCCCUCCACCCCAGCCAGCUGUUGCUUUCUGUCCCCUUGUACCUCUUGCCUCUUCUAGCCCAGCUUUGGGGAUAUCAUCUUCCUGGGAGAGAAGUCUGGAGAAGUUUUUGUAGCCCCCACUCCCAGUUCCUCUUCUUGUAGUGGGCAUCCCUUUUCCCCACUCCUCCAAAGAAUCGGUUCCAAUUCUUGAUGGAAUGUAGUUUUAGACUGAAUGACAGUUUGAGACGGGAAAUUAAUAAGGGGGUACAUAAUGGAAACUAAUAGUAGGGGUGCAUAAAAGGUUGGAACCCCACCUUUAUCAUCUAUGGGCAUUAUACUUAGGGAGCAGUUCUUAUCCUGGAUCUUCUGCCCAAGGGAAGGGAAAGUAGGAAAGUCCUGGGGCAAGAGAGAUGUGACUGGAAGGGCUCCCCUCCCCCUCUCCUGCAGUGGCCUACCCCCUGACCUCUCUGCACCUAGCUGAACCAUUACUGAAUCCUUAUUAGCCACAAAUCAUGAAUUCUGUCUUACCCACUGGCUGAGGAGAGAGGCCAGCUCUUUUGGUGAGGGGCCAGGCCAGGGCAAAGCAGGAUUGGGGUGCAGUGGAGCCUGUUACAAGAAUCAGGUAUUGUGAUAGGUCUGGCACCCCUUUAUGCUCCUCUUGCUCACUUGUGUCUGUCAGCAGCCUCCUACCCUCCUGGUUCCGCUGGCCGGGCCAGGAGAGGAUGAGUGACCAGGAGAUGCUUGUAUAUAGCUGGGUGGGACUAUUCUGAGCCCUAGCUCGGGAGGCCCACUCUUCCUGGAUGGGGAAAGGAUGUGGGAUGAGGGCAGAGGGAGGUCUCUCUUUUGCCUCUUGUGAAUUAACUUGCCUCUCCUCAGCCUUCCCCUCCAGACCACCAGCCUGGGAGGGGAGAGGAAGGAGGUCACAGCCCAGCAAACUGGCCUGUGGCAGCUUCCCUUCCUUCCACCAAUGUGAGCCAUCUCGAGAUGUCUGUACAAUAGAAACCAAACCAAAUGGGCACCCUGGGCUGCCCAGGGGCAGGGAAUGGGAGGGGGGUGGGAAGAAGGGAUGUCUGUCUGUCAGUCCCCUCCCCCUCUCCACUCCUUACCCACAAAGGCAAAAGACUGUUACACUAGGGGCUCCGCAGAUCCAGUCCCACCCUUGCUGGGUGAGCCUUUCCUAGAAACAAGCGCAAAGUGAGUGAGCGGCAAAACAAAGCAAUGAGGGAGUGAGACGGGCGACCAACAGAGGAGAGAAAACAAAAAUAGCAAAAAAAGAAAAAAAGCAGUUCUUUAUAAUUUAAUAUUCUAUUUUAAUAAAGGCAUUUAUUACCGUAUAAAUGUAGCAAAGAACCUGGGCUAAUAUGAAAAAAAGACUUUUUAUUAGGUAAUUUAUUAUAUGAAAAGGAUAUUUUAUUUUAUGAUAAAGUGAUCCUUAAAAAAACUUUAGAAGGUUUAGAAUAUAUGUAGGGAGAGAAGAAAAAAAUACAUUUGUAUUCAGAGUUAAAUCUUAAAAAAAGUUUUUAAUAUAUGUUCGGGUUUAUGUUCUUUUUUUUUUCCCCCACUUUUUUUUGGGGAGAAAUGUCAUUUGCUUUUCUUGGGGGAGCAUCCUGGGAUGGAGGGUGGAGCGGGGAUGGGGAGUUGGUCCCUUCUGGGGCCCCCACCAGUAGAUUGGAUUUCACUCUGUGGGCUCCCCUCCCCCUCCCCCUCAGGGGGAGCCGGCAGAGCAAAACAAAGGAAGGGAUUAACCAGAAAGGAAGAAGCUUUGGGACUAAGGACUGAGGGUCCUGGAGUGUCCCUCCUUCCCCUACCCUGUGCCAGGGGCAGUCAGGAGGGAAAAGCCAGAACUGAGGCCUAACAGGCCUAUGGAAACCCUCAGAGGUGUGAGAUUUAAGAGAAAUAGAUUUUUUUUAACCAAAAAAAGUUUUAAGAAAAAAAAUGAGAAGAGAAAGAAAAACCGAGGGGUUUAAAAGAAGAGAAUACUACAAAAUAAUUCAAAUUUAUUUCAUAUAAUCCUAGAAAAAGGAAAAGAAUUACUAGUUACUUAGUAGAUGAUACUCAGAAUAGCUUAAAGUUUAGUAGCAUUGUGGGCCCCUGAGCCCAGUAGAAUGUAUAAAAGUAUGGGAAAGAGAAAAGAAUAGAGGCCAGUGGCUGCUGCCCUACCCCUGGGGCCAGGGCUAGAGCAGGCUGCUAGCUAGGAUUGGGAGCUUCCAGUCUGCUGGGGUUGAUUCUGAGAAUCCUUAGGUUUAAGUGCGGGACAAGUACAUGAGGGGCUCUGUCCCAGGGUCUUUGCAAGGGUACACACUGGUCACCGGAAGCUCCACGAGGCUGGGCUGAGAUCCUGGCCAUCUGUUAGGAAACCCCUACUCCUAAUGCCCAACCCUCCCAGCCUCUCCCAGGCCACCCUGAGGAAGUCCUUGAAGUCAGCUCGGUCCUUCUCCCUACAGGUGGGUUCCCGAGCCAGGUGUAGCUAGCUGUUCUUUCUGUGAAUGAGCCAGCAACUUCUUGUCAGCCCAGACUCCAGCACCCUGCUGUGUGGGAGUGCCAUUGCAGUUUCUAGUGCUGUUUUUCUUCACAUCUAUAGUGGGGUGUUUUGGGGUUUUUUUUUUUGUUGUUGUUGUUGUUCAUUUGUUAUUUUUUUGACACAGGGUCUCUAGUUCAGUCUGGCCUUAAACAAGCAGCCAUCUUCUUGCUGCCUCCAGUUGCUGGGACUAUAAAGAAUGCACCGCUAUUCCUGGCUUUGUGGAGUCUCAGAGAAGUUAACAUCCCAAGGAAGACUUCCUACUUGGGAAGUAUAGUGCAAGUAUUGUCCUUACGGGUCUGGGGGAACUCCCCCACUCCACCCCUAAGAACAGAUAAAGUGUGCAGGGAACUUGGGUGACCCUCUGUGCAACCCUUGUGUUCGGAUAGGAAUCACGCAUAGGGCCACAUAACCUUCCCCACAGAAAGCCGGGAGCCUGGCUUUCGCAUGUGAGAAAUAGGCAUUUUUAAGCACUUGCCUUCCAUCACCCCUAGCUAGCAAUGAGAUCAGGAUUGGGAGAGGCCUCUUGGCUUUAGCUUGAUUGAGCAGUAUACCAGUGAUUGACAUGCCACUUCAUGACCCUAGAGCCCACACACAUCUCCCUCUCCCCAAAUUACUCUUCUCACCCCAUCUAGAGACUAGAAGUUCCCCUGCCCUUUUUGCCCAAGGCCCUCGGUAGUUUUUUGAGAUGGUAGCACCUGGGAAUGGGGAGAAUGUCCCCUAGCAAUCCUGAGGGUGAGUGGUUGGGUAGAGACAGCCCCGGGGCAGGGAAGAUGGUCUCUCCACUGUAGAAAGUAGAGUAGGAUCGUGGUCAGACUUAAUUUGAGGCAUCAAGUGACUCGUACAAAUCACCAAGGAAGAUUCCAAAUGCAGAGUAAAGGUGGGAAAUGAAACAGACCCAUGAGUAAUCAAGUCAAAGUGAAGUUGCACACAAUGCAGAGAAACCAAGAAGGGGGAGGGUUAAUGUAUUAAAUGUGCUAUGGAGAAGUUAAUUUUAUUAAAAGUAUUAUUACUUAA